UCCAUGGUUUCUGCCCGUCUCAAAAAGCUAUCAUCUUACAUUAUAAAGAUUUGUAAAGGAAUGUUUACAAAGAAAUUGGCGAAUACCACAAAGAAGAAAGAGAGCAGUGAAACUAAAAGAGAACCCAAAUUGACCCCUGAUUUGCAUGCCCGGAAUCCAACAUUGUCCACCGCUCUAAAAAGCACAGUGAAAAAAAUAUCUAAAUGCUCAUCUGCACGUAACAUUUCUCUUGAAGACGACGACGGACAAAACGACUGCUCUUCUCUUUCUCCAACAUUUAGUUACCGUGUAGCCAUCGCUAACGGACUACAAAAAAACGCUCUCUUGAACAAUAAUGAAAGUGUCUUUCACGAAGUCUUGUCCAUUGAUAGUAGUUACUCUGACUCUCUGAGUGAAGCCAAACUUGUCCAUAGAUUCGAUGAACAAAAAGCUUAUACCAUGCCUGUGAGAAGGAAUAGGAAGAGCUUGAUCAGUCUGGCUCCCUCGGACGGGAGUUCAGAGGGCGAGAGGGUUGAACGCAGCAGCUUGCAUACACUUAGGCUAGGUGCACUGAGGAAGCUAAGAAAAUGGAAGAAGAGUCAGGAGUGUGUCUCUUCCGACUCCGAGGUGAGCAACUGGAGAAAGACCCUGGGCAUUAGGAGCAAGUCAUUGGACCGUGCUGGCCGUCAGCACAAGACCCAAACUUUGGAGCCCGGGUCCAGCUCCACUGGCUGCAUUAGUCAAACCCAGGAUGUGAUGGAGAUGAUCUUUAAGGAGCUUCAGGGGAUCAGCCAGAUUGAGACCGAGCUUUCUGAGCUUCGUGGCCACGUCAAUGCGCUCAAGAACUCCAUUGAUGAGAUCUCUAGUAGUGUUGAGGUGGUGCAGACUGAGAUCGAGCAGCUCCGCUCGGGCUUUGUGCAGUCGAGGCGAGAGACACGCGACAUACAUGAUUACAUCAAGCAGAUUAGCCAUCAGACCAACAAAUCUACACUGAGAUUUCUAAAUGUGCCUGAGGACAAGUUUGAGAAAACAGAGGAUCUCAUUUAUCAAAUUCUGAAGGAGAAAAUGGGUUUUGCUGAAGCACACAAGACACUAAAAAUUGAGCUGGCCCAUCGAUUAGGGCAACAAAGAGAAUGCUCAAAUGCGAAACCUCGUCCCAUUAUAGUUAUUUUUGCAGCCCCACAAGACAGGGAUUUAGUUUUAAAAAAGAGCUAUAAACUUAAAGGAACAGGUAUAUCAAUCUCCACCGAUGGCUUUGGCCAAGAAGGGAAAGAGAAGAAAGAGAAAGGGAUUAGCUCCUCACAGACAUAUGAGAGUAUGGAUAUGAAAAUUGCUGCCAAGGAGAAAGCGAUGGCAACAACAGAGAGUGAUGACUGGGACUCAAUGGAAAGUGAUAAGGAGCUAGAUGAACUUAGCAAAAAUAAAUAUGCAAUGGUCAAUAAGCCAGUCCAUAAAAGUAAGUCAGAUAAAAAAAAGUCUCAUGAGCGCUGUGAUGACGGAGCAUAUGUCAGCUCAGUACAUUAUGCCGAUGAUAGCUAUGAUGACCCUGAUAAACAGAGCAAGCCUUACUAUACAGACAUAACCCCUGGAUGGCUCUCUCAAAGUGACUACUCGACACCUAAACUCAGCCGCUCGGAGUCUGACUGCUCCAAACUAUGCCAGUCUUACUCAGAGGACUUCUCUGAGAGCCAGUACCUCAGCAGAACCAAUGGAUGUUCUCUUCUCUCCUCAUCAGAUCAGGAACUAUGGCAACGGAAACAGGAAGACAUGGCCUCAGCUUGGUAUGCAAGUCCUCCCAGUCAAGAAAACCCACCCUAUGUGGAGCCCAAUGAAGUGGAGACAACUGAGACCAUUGACAGUGGUGUAAGCAAUGGACUGGUCUGCAUAUCAGGAGACCGCAGCCACUACAGUGGCUCACAGCUCUCCCUGCAAGGUGACCUCUCUCCGUGGAAAGACUGGCAUCACCUAGAGCAAGGCGCUGACUCUGGCCUCGAUGCUUCCACUGAACAAAACAUCAUUUCUGAGGUCAGCAGCCCCUUUGACCCAGCAGCCAAUCCUGGCUUCCCAGAGAAUAUCACAAAAUGUCUGGAAGUGGAUUUGCAGUUUGAGGGGGAAAAUUACCUGACACUGGAUAGCACCCCAUCCACUGAACCUAUGUUAGAUAGUGAAAUUGCAGUUGAAAAAGUUAAUGUCAAUCACUUUCCACAAAGUCAGAACAAAACAGCUACAAUGUACCGCAGUCAAAGUGAGAUCAGAACAGAGCAAAUAGAAGAGGUGCCUAAAUCCUGGAGCAGUAGGCUCAGCAUAGAUCUCACUGACAAAAGCUUCGGCUUUGGAUUUGGCAACACCCUACAGCGAGCCAAAUCGGCAUUAGAAGUUGUUUGGAAUAAAGGCGGCUCUCAGAGCACCAGUGCCCCCACAGAGGAACCAGCUAGCUCCUCGUUUAUGGAUCGAUUCAAGACCCAGUCCCAGUCCACACCCAAUGACUCCAGCACCACCAUCGACUCUGAUGUGUACGCCGAUUCAUUCUAUUACAAGGCAGAGGAUGAGGAGCAGGCAGCUGAGCAAGCGGUGGACAGUGAAACACAUUAUGUUGAAGUGAUGGAGCAGGUGCUGGCCAAUCUAGAGAACAGAACCAAUGCCAGUGAAACUGAGGAGGAAGCUGAGUACCAAGAGGAGUACCAAGAGCCAGAGGCCUCUCAGGACUACGAGGUGGACCAAGAGGGUGGAAAUAUUGUGCUGGAGUAUGACUGCAGCCUUGAUGACCAGUACGAGGAAGAAUAUGUUGAGGACUACGAUGACAACCCAACGACAGAGGACACACAAGAAUAUGAGGCCAUGGUUGAUUACAUUGACGUGAUUGAGGACGCAGAUGACAAUGAGGAGACUGAAGACAUCGAUGAAAUUGAAGAAGUUGAGGAAAUCGAGGACACUGAGGUUAUAGAGGAAACCAUAGAGAUUACCAAGGAAGAAGUGGUCAAAGAAGGAGUGGAGCAAGAGGAUGAAAACAAGAACAUCCCCGAAACUACACCUGCUCCACCUCCAGCCGAAGCGCCUCCGAAGAAGCGCGUCCGUCCAACCUUCAAAGAGGCGGCGCUGAGAGCAUACAGGAAGCAAAUGGCAGAGCUGGAGCAGCAGAUUCUCGCAGGAGAUAGCAGUGCUUUGGACUCACAGGGCCAUGGAAAUGCUCUGGAUGCUUUGGGUUCAGGAGGGACUGGCAGCAUACUUUAUGGUAUUGACAGUAUGCCAGAUUUACGUCGCAAGAGGACCAUGCCUAUUGUCCGAGACCUGGCAGGCAUUUCGUUCGCCCUGGUGAACAGAUCUACCUUGAACAACGAGGAUCUGAAACUGCACGUGCUUAGGAAGACCUUGCAGGCCUUGAUCUACCCCAUCUCCUCCACCACACCGCACAACUUUGAGGUGUGGACGGCCACCGCUCCCACAUACUGCCAUGAGUGUGAGGGCCUGCUGUGGGGCAUCGCUCGACAGGGCAUGCGCUGCUCUGAGUGUGGGGUCAAGUGUCAUGAAAAGUGUCAGGACCUUCUCAACGCAGACUGUCUACAGCGAGCGGUGGAGAAGAGCUCUAAGCAUGGCGCGGAGGACAAAACCCAGAACAUCAUCAUGGCCAUGAAGGAGCGCAUGAAGAUCCGGGAGAAGAACAGGCCCGAGGUGUUUGAGGUGAUCCAGGAGAUGUUUGAGAUCUCCAAGGAGGACUUCACUACGCAUCUUAAGUCAGCCAAGCAGGCUGUGCUGGAGGGAACCUCCAAGUGGUCGGCUAAAAUCACCAUCACAGUUGUGUGCGCGCAGGGCUUGCAAGCCAAGGACAAGACGGGCUCCAGCGACCCUUACGUCACCGUGCAAGUGGGGAAGACCAAGCGCAGGACCAAGACCAUAUUCGGAAACCUCAAUCCUGUCUGGGAGGAGAAAUUCUUCUUCGAGUGCCACAACGCCACCGACAGGAUAAAGGUGAGAGUUUGGGACGAGGAUGAUGACAUCAAGUCGCGGGUGAAGCAGCACUUCAAGCGGGAGUCUGAUGACUUCCUCGGGCAGACCAUCAUCGAGGUGCGAAUGCUCAGUGGUGAAAUGGACGUGUGGUACAAUCUGGAUAAAAGAACGGACAAAUCUGCAGUGUCGGGCGCCAUUAGACUGAAGAUCAGCGUAGAGAUGAAAGGAGAGGAAAAAGUGGCUCCACCCCAUGGCCAGUACACUUGUUUACAUGAGAAUCUGUUCCACUACCUGACGGAGGUGAAGUAUGGCGGAGCCGUGAAGAUCCCGGAGGUGAAAGGGGACGAGGCGUGGAAGGUUUACUUUGACGACGUCUCCCAGGAGAUCGUUGACGAGUUUGCCAUGCGCUUCGGCGUGGAGUCCAUCUACCAGGCCAUGACCCACUUCUCCUGCCUGUCUGCUAAGUACAUGUGUCCUGGGGUGCCGGCCGUCAUGAGUAACCUCCUGGCCAACAUCAACGCCUACUUUGCCCACACCACUACAGCCACCACCAACAUCUCUGCCUCGGACCGCUUUGCAGCCUCCAACUUCGGGCGGGAGAAGUUUGUCAAGCUGUUGGAUCAGUUGCACAACUCUCUGAGGAUCGAUUUGUCAAAGUAUCGGGAUAACUUCCCUGCUGGCAACCCUGAACGUCUGCAGGAUCUGAAAUCCACGGUGGACCUGCUAACCAGCAUCACCUUUUUCAGGAUGAAGGUCCAGGAGCUGCAGAGUCCCCCCAGGGCCAGCAUGGUGGUGAAGGACUGUGUGCGCGCAUGCUUGGACUCCACCUACAAAUACAUAUUCGACAAUUGCCACGAACUCUACAACCAGCUACUAGACCAGACCAAAAAGCAGGAACUUCCUCGUGAAGAGCAGGGACCCUCCAUUAAGAACCUGGACUUCUGGCCCAAACUCAUCACACUCAUGGUGUCCGUGAUUGAUGAGGACCGCACCGGUUACACACCCGUACUCAACCAAUUUCCCCAGGAACUCAACAUGGGCCAGAUCAGCUCCGAGAUCAUGUGGAGCCUGUUUGCCCAGGAUAUGAAGUAUGCAAUGGAAGAGCAUGAUAAACAUCGUCUAUGCAAAAGCACGGAGUACAUGAAUUUACAUUUCAAAGUCAAAUGGUUCCAUAAUGAGUACGUCCGUGAUCUGCCAGCCUUCAAGGGGAUCCCACCGGAGUAUUCUCUGUGGUUCGAGCCUUUUGUUAUUCAGUGGCUCGAUGAGAACGAGGACGUGGCCAUGGACUUCCUUAAUGGCGCUCUCGAGAGGGAUAAGAAAGACGGGUUCCAGGUGACGUCGGAGCACGCGCUCUUCUCCUGCUCGGUGGUGGACGUGUUCACGCAGCUCAACCAGAGCUUUGAGAUCAUCAAGAAGCUGGAGUGCCCCAACCCACACGCGCUGGCCCACUUCAUGCGCCGCUUUGCAAAUACCAUCAACAAAGUUCUUGUGCAAUAUGCUGCAAUCAUAUCCAAGGAUUUCCCCAUGCAUGCCAGUAAAGAGAAAGUGCCCUGCAUCCUGCUCAACAACAUUCAGCAGCUCCGAGUCCAGCUUGAGAAGAUGUUUGAGUCUAUGGGAGGAAAGCAGGAGGAAGGGGUGGUGGCCUUCUGCAAGCUGGACGCUGAGGCCAGUGAGCUGCUGAAGGAGCUGCAGAAUAAGCUCAACACCGUGCUGGACCAGCUGAGCGCAGUCUUCGGCUCCAGUUUCAAGCCGGUCAUAGAGGACUGUGUGAAGCAGAUGAAUCAGGAGCUGGUGCAGAUUAAAGGCAACGUGGGCAACAAGAGCAAUGCUGCGAUGGACGCUGAGACUGUUCUGAGACCUCUAAUGGACCUCCUGGACAAGAACCUGAUGCUGUUUGCCAAGAUCUGUGAGAAGACGGUGCUGAAGCGGGUGCUGAAGGAGCUCUGGAAGAUCGUGCUGAACACCAUCGAGCGGCAGAUCGUCUUGCCUCCGCUUACGGACCAGAGUCAAGGCGCUCAGAUGAUAUUUAGUGCUGCAAAGGAUUUGGGGCAAUUAUCGAAACUGAAGGAACACGUGAUCCGUGAUGAGGCUCGUAGCCUGACACCACGCCAGUGUGCAGCCAUGGAUUUAGUGCUUCCCACCAUCAAGCAAUAUUUCCACGCGGGUGGUAAUGGUCUUAAGAAGACGUUUUUGGAGAAGAGCCCUGAUCUGAAGUCCUUGAAGUACGCGCUCAGCCUUUACACACAACCCACAGAUGCCUUGAUCAAGAAGUAUAUAUGCACCCAGACCUCUCAAGGUCAGUCGUCCGAUGGGCCGGUGGGGGAGGUGUCCAUGCAAGUGGAUCUCAUCUCUCAUCCAGGCACGGGGGAGCACAAAGUCAGCGUGAAGGUGGUGGGGGUCAACAACCUCAGCUGGAGGACCAGCGCCAUGUUCCGGCCGUUCGUGGAAGUCAACGCCAUUGGGCCGCACCUCGCUGACAAGAAGCGCAAGUUCAGCACCAAAACCAAGAACAACAACUGGUCCCCCAAGUACAACGAAACAUUCCAAUAUGUACUGAGCAAUGAACACGGUCCAGAGACCUAUGAGCUUCACGUCUCUGUGAAGGACUACUGCUUCGCCCGGGAGGAUCGAAUCGUUGGCAUGACCGUCAUCCAGCUACGGGAGCUGGCGGACAAGGGAAGCCUGCCGGUCCUCUGCCCCCUAGUCAAGAGCGUCUCCAUGGACGAGACCGGCCUGACCAUCAUGAGGAUACUCUCUCAGAGGACCAACGACGAGGUGGCUAAAGAGUUUGUGCGGCUCAAGUCCGACACGAGGUCUGCCGAGGAGGUGACGGAGGCCAAAAAAUAAAGAAACAUGCAGCGACGGCGCGCAGGGGGGGGGCACCAGACGGAUAAUCCCAGCUGGCCCGAGGAGUUGUGUUGUUUGUUUUUGUGCAUGUGCGUAAAACAUCUGUUGGAAUGUUCAUUUUAAACUACAGUACGUACAAGUGUUUACCUAAUGUAUGCUCACUGUUAAGUACUAUAUUCUACAAGUUAUGUUCAAGGGACAUUCGGUACAUUUUUGUAAGACAUUAGUCUUUUUGAACAGAAAUUUGUUCAGAUAAAGUGCCAAACCAGAGUUUAAAAAAAGAACUAAAACAGAACGAUAUAAAACUAUGGCGAACUUGGUAUCUUUUCGAAAUUUGCUUGAUUUGUCCAGUGUAUAAUCAUUCUCUUUGGCCGUGUAGCGUUUUACUCGUUAAGUCCUUUCAUUUGCACCAGUUCGUUACACAUUCCUUCACACAACACUGGUUGUGCAUGUCCUGUGUUCGACCAUGUCUCUCCCAUGAGUUCACAGUGACCACGGCAACGGUCAUGAGCCUGUGCCCUCCAGUUCUUUGUAUUUUGAGCCAACCCUUAAAAAAGAGACCAUUUUUUUAAACGGCGAUGACUGCUAUUUCAGACUUCAUAGGUGUUUGUAAUUUUAUAACCAUUGACAACAAUGAAGACAGCCUCUUGUGCUAUCAGUUGAAAAAAGGGUGGAACAGUCUUUUCUUUGAUGCCAUAUUUUAUGUGUGUUUUUUUUUCAGUCAUUGGCUUCCAGCCCUUCUGAAUUAUCACUGUGAACACGAGCUUUGGAAGGCGGGCUUACAUAACAUUGCUGACGGUUUGAUAUUGUCGUUUCAUAUAGGAAAUAACUUUGUUCCUGAGAAACUGCCAAAGUUAUAUAAAAUGUUUGUACAAAAAAGCAAUCCAUUACCUGUAUGAAAAAAAUAUAUAUGUACAUGUGCUAUAAGGAUUUUUUUUCAAAGCUACAUAUCCAAGUGGUGAUGGGGUGAUUUAUAAAGUUUUAUUUUGGAGAGUUAUGUGAAGCUGUUAACCAAUCUGAGAGUUGUAAAUGUUGCUUUACAUACAAGUUAUAUCAGCUUCUGUCAUUUCAUUUAUUUUCUUUACAAUGGAAAGAGUUUAACGUUUGGUAAUUAUGCAACAUUCCUAUGUAUUGCACUGAUGGCGAAUUGUAUGUCAUGUAAAUAUACUUAGUGAUAAAUUGUA